AUCCCAUUAGCCAAUUCCCUCUUCACUUGGUCCCAUUCCCACACCCUCUUCUUCUUCUUCCUUCUCUCUCAAAUUCUCAAUCAAUCAUACAACCGGCUUUACCUUCAUCAACAACAUCAUCUUCUUCUUCUUCUUCUCAAACCUCACUCAUGGCGGAAAAAGGCAGUAGCAGUCCGUUACCAAAGUUCGGCGAAUGGGAUGUCAACGACCCAGCAUCCGCCGAGGGAUUCACAGUAAUCUUUAAUAAAGCCAGGAAUGAGAAAAAGACUGGUGGCAUGCCUGACUCUCCAGCAAAGGAUGACCCCACAUACAAGAAUGGUUCUGUUCUUGGAAAGUCUCAACCUAAAAAAUGGUUUUGCUGCUUGCAAGCUGCGGAAUCGUGAAGCUUUUUGGCUUGAUAAACGGGGUUCAGCAGAAAUGUAAAAUCUGCAAAUUCUCAACAACACGACUGAAGCUGUAUUUAGAACCUGUGAUGGAUAAUGAGUGCUGGACUCCAUUUGUUAGAACUUUUGUCAAUAAUUUGGGGGUUUGGUUGGGGAUGAAGAUGAUUAAUCUAUCUUUGUCUUGUUAUGUUGUUCCUUCUGCAUAAAUGGCAAUUGUUGGAGAUUGUUGUUUAUCAUCAUCCCCUCCUCCCCCUUCCCUCUAGUUGUGAAAUGAUGUUGUUUGUUGAUACUUUCUUGGCUGAAUGAUUUCAAAUGUCUCUUUCUAUGUAAUCUCAAAUUUUAUGCAAAGGGUUGUUUCAUA